CCUGGCCUGGCAACUCCUAAAAUCCCUCACCAACAGGAGCUCGAGCUGCCAACCGGUCCUUGCCGUGGCCAUCACGCUGGGGAUCAGCGAAGAGGCUCUCACGGAGCUUCUGGCAGACCACUUUGCUCCCCCUGUUCCCCAGACUGCUGCAUCCUGCCAGUCGGACUGCCCCCUGUGAGCCAGCCUACCUGCCUUCAAUGCCUCCACCCAGAGUGGACAUGCUGGCCACGUGGCCACCAUCUGCGACAAGCCACUGACACUCCACUGAACUCCAGGCAGCCCUACGGAGACGUAAGUGUCGCAGCGCACCAGGAGCUGACGGAGUCACAACGCAGAUGCUCUGGAGCCUGGCCGCCAGCGAACAGCAGUGCCUGCUUGACUGCAUCGACGAGAUCUGGCGGUCAGGGCAGCUGCCCGAGUCCUGGCGCACAGCCAUCGUGGCCCCCAUCCUGAAGGCCAGAAAAGGCAGCUGGGGACCUGACAUCCUACCGGCCAGUCUCCCCCACUUCUGCUGCCUGCAAGGUUAUGGAGGCCAUGGCUCUGGCCCGGCUGGACUGGGUAGCUCGUGCCAGGGGCUUCCUGGCCAAUCAACAAACAGGCUUCCAGCGCCAACGGUCCACUGCAGACUCUAUCGCGGACGUGGUCUCCACACUGGAGGAAGCCAAGGCCCACGGUGACGUCAUGCUCUUGGUACUUAUCAACGUCCAGGGGUCUUUCGACGGCCUGCCGCAUCCAGUCAUCCAACAACCCUUCUAUCUCCUCGGCAUCAGCGGAAACCUGCAGCGCUUCAUGACGUCCUUCUUGAAAGAACGCACCCUCCAGGUAUGUGUGGGCUAAGCAAAGAACUCUCCUUGUGCAGUGUCUGCAGGUGUUUCGCAGUUCUCAGUGGUGAGCCGCUUCCUGUUCAACCUGGCCCUGGCUCGGCUGCCUACUGCCCUGCCGAUCGACCCUUACUUUCCCGUUGAGUCCUCAAUCUACGCAGACGACAUCGCCCUGUGGGUUCGAGGGUGACCGCAGUCCCUUCACAGUGCGCGCAAGGCCCUGCAGAGAGCCCUGGACACUGCGGCAGCCUACCUGAGCGAGCAGCAUCGGCCUGGACAUCUCGGCCAAGAAGACGGAGGCCAUGCUGCUCCACCCGAGAGCAGCCACCUGUCGCCAAGCUGCCCGGCUGCACCUGGAGGAUGUCGACAUCCCCUAGAGCACGGCAGUCGCAUACCUCGGGCUGCGCAUCGACCUCCGGCUCACCUGGCUGCCUCCUGCCAAGGCCCUGUACACACAGGUACUCUGGGUCCGCAAGGCCAUCUCGCAGCUUCUCGCCCGUGGGCAAGGCUGCACAACCAGGUGGGCUUUGCAACUCUUUGAUGCAGCAGCCACCUCAUGCCUGCGGUACGCCCUUCCACUGGUGGCGCUACCCCACCUCGCCUGAAGAAGCUGGAGCUGCAACACCGGGCAGCAAUUCGGCUCUGUCUAGGUGUUCCAUGCAACUCGCAUGUCGCUGCCACCCUGGCUGAGGCCGGAGCAUGGCCCCUGUCGCUGCUGCUCCUGCAACAGGGCCUAUGACAUGUGGAUUGCCUCCACCAUGCUGCAGACGGCGCUGGCCUGCUGCCUCAUCUGCUCUCGCGACCUUCUUCGCGGAUAGGGCGGCUGUGCUGCCAUUAUGAAGAGGUGAUUGGAAGCUCCCUGGCAAACACAGCACAGCUGCCCCUACCCCAGAGACCUCCAAUUGCCAUCACCACGGAACUACCAGGCUUCACCAAGCAGUGCUCACCGACCUGUGACCUCUCUCCUCUACGAAGACCUUCAAGGCCACCUGCAGGUCUUCGACGGCGGCUCAGUGGUUCCCGACACAGGCUUUUUGACGGUGGCGUGCAUCGCACCUGCCCUGUGGAGGAGUAAGCAGUGUCGCCUUCCAGCACAUGCGAGUUCCACUGCAGUGGAGGUAGCAGGUCUCCACCUCACUGUCAACCUGCUCACGGAGGAACCCCCAGAGACACCUGCAGCCAUUUUCUGCGACUCAAAGGGAGCUCUCCUGAGCCUGUAGAGGCCGGAGAGGGCAAGCCUGGAGGUCGCCCUCCUCUCAACUCGACUGUGGGCACUCCAGGAUGCAGGUCGCCCAAUGUUCCUACACUGGAUUCCUGCCCACGUAGGCAUCCCGGACAACGAGGAGGCUGAUGCCCUGGCCAAGAGUCACCACCAUGGUGACGUCCAUCUGAGCACGGCAGUCACAGCCGCGGACUUCACCAGGCACCAGCUGCAGUGGCACCUCCAGGCGUGCCAUCCCGACAAGCGCGUGUCUCUGGCACACCCCCCACUUCAACUCCCACAGUGUGGCCUUGCACAGAGGGAGACGCUCCUGCUCUGGCUGAGGAUUGGCUGCUGCUGGACAGCAGCAUGGCGCCACCAGCUUGGACUCACCGCCUUGCCUGCCUGUGCCUCCUGCAGUGAGCCAGAGAUGCCAGAGCACCUCCUGCUGGCCUGCCCGGCGCACAACCAACCCUGUGGACUGCUUCUACAGGAGUUCGCCGCCUCGGACAUCCCACUGCGCGACAGGAGGACAUCCUCUUCAACCCACCGAGACCACGUCUCGGUCCUGCUCAGCGUAGUUGAGUACCUUGACUCGUUUUCCAGCCCUGCCCGAACACCCGGCCUUUGA